UAUCGGAGCCCCGUCGACGGGUUAGUCCUCUUCGAGUCCUGGCCGCGCGCGAAACGCGAAUCACUCCCGUGUCGUACGCGCGAACAGGUAUACACGCACGAGUAGCGCGAGACCGCGAAGACUGAUCGUCCUCCACCCACGUCCACCCCACCGCCGUGAUCAUGGAUCGGGCCUUUUUGAACGUGAUGAUCCUCAGCUGGGGAUUCAUGCUGGUCUUCACGGCGUUUCAAACGAUGGGCAACAUAGAGAAAACUGUUUUAAACAGCAUCAAGGAGGAUAUUAGCGACUUCCACGGUGAUGCCUAUAUCAGCCUGGCCAUAAUCUACGGCGUGUUCGCCACCUGCAACUGGUUAACGCCGUCGUUCAUUUCGGUGACAGGACCACGGGUGGCGAUACUCACGGGUGCCUGCUGCUACGACCUGUUCAUCGCCUCGUUCUUCUGGCCGCACGAAGCCCUGCUGUACUGCAUGUCCGGCCUCGUCGGGAUCGGCGCCGCCCUGCUGUGGACCGGCCACGGGCAGUACCUGACGGAGAACAGCAACAACGAGACCAUGUCGCGGAACGCCGGUAUAUUUUGGGCGAUUUUCCAGUCGUCGCAGUUCGCCGGCAAUUUGUUCGUCUACUUCAUCUUCACUAAGGAGAAAAUCGACAAGCAGCAACGGAUGAUCGUGUUCGGCGUGCUAACCGGUCUCUCGGUGGUCGGUACCGUGGUGCUGCUCGUAAUGAGAAAAUCGCCGCAGAAGUUGUCGCUGGGUGAGGCCGAGGGGGUGUCCCAUGCCGACAAGGAGCUGCGCCUGCCGGAGCCGAGGCGCGAGAAGCCGCUGGUGGCCGCGUGGAACGCCUUCGUGGAUGCCAUCAGGCUCUUCCUCACGCCGAACAUGCUGCUACUGUCGUUGACGUUCAUCUACACGGGUCUCGUGCUCACCUUCUACUCCGGCGUGUACUCCAACAGCAUCGGCUUCAUGAAGAUCCUGGGCGAGUCCCGCAAGAGGCUGGUGGGACUGUCCGGGAUCUUCAUCGGCGUCGGCGAGGUCGUGGGUGGCGCGGUCUUCGGCAUCCUGGCGUCCAAGAUAUCCGGCAGAUUCGGCGGCUGGCCGGUGGUGAUCAUCGGUCUGAUCCUGCAUCUGUUCGCCUUCAUCAGCAUCUUCCUGAAUCUACCGAACGACGCGUCGUUCGCGGACACGAACAGCGAGGGCUACAUCACGACCUCGCCGAUUCUCGCGAUGGCGGGCAGUCUCGCCCUCGGCUUCGGCGACGCCUGCUUCAACACGCAGCUCUACUCGCUGCUGGGCGUCCUGUUCGCCAACGACAGCGCCCCGGCAUUCGCUCUCUUCAAAUUCUGCCAAUCUGUCGCGGCGGCCGUCAGCUUCUCGUACAGCACCAGCGCGGGGCUGCAUGUGCAACUCGCGGUGCUAUUCGUGGCCAUACUCUUCGGCACGGCGGCCUUCUGCUACGUCGAGUACAAAGUUAAAAAAUUGAAGAACGAAUCCCCACCGGAGAUUGAUCCGGCAUUGGUCGACGCCACAAGCGGCGAAGAUUGAUGAGGCUAGUUAAAUGCGAAUUCAUUAGGUUGCAAAGACACAGCGGGUUUGAACGCGAAUAAUGGGGUGCGCGAAAGAUCUCGAGAGACAACACACAGAGUGGAACACGGGAAAACUACUGUGUUAAAAGUAAAGCGAACAACUCACAGCAACUCGAACGAGUGUUUUUAACGCAAAUUAUUUUAAUAUAUUAAUGAUAAGAGAUUCUUGCAAAUUUAAGUAUUAUUCAUGAAUUCUACAAUUGGAGGCUUUUUACAAUAUCGUAUUUUAAAUACAACGCAGUUGCAAAUAUAUUAACUGUGAAGUUUUCGUAGUAAUUUCUAUUUACUGAAAUUCCAUUGAAAUGCUAUUGUAAGAAGUCUCUAAUUCUAUCGUAUGUUCAAGUCCAUGAGAAUAUCGUAUAUGAUCGAGUGGACAAAAAGGAUAUCCAGGAAUGUAUUUUCGGUCGAAUGUUAUCAUGGUCUUCCAGUUUUUUAUAUAUCUCAAUCUCUCUCUACUUGACUGUGUUUUAGAUAUUCUCUUCUUCAAAGCGAUAUCUUUUCGCAAUUAUGCCAAAUAUGUGUGUCCGAUUAUCAGCAUCGAUGUUUUCAUUAUAUCGAAAUGUUGCUCACAAGAUGUUGCCUUAAAGACUUAUCGAUGUAAUCGGUUAUAUAUAUUGUUAUUAGAGUGCAAUACUUACAUCUGAACCAAUCGAUGUAAUUUUAUUUUAAUUAUUUUUUUUCAUCCACAAACUCGAAGGCUGUGUAAGUGCCCUUUGCAUUCAUUGCGAGCUCCUUUUUGUAAGUUUUAAUUAUAAGUAAUGUUUGAUUGCGAAAUCAGGUUUUUUUUUUUUUUUUUUUUUUAGCGACGAUUUUCGCAUCAGUCAGAUUUUGCAAUGCACUGCGAUUUUGUGACUAACUAGUCUGUAACAUGAGUCCGCCACAAAAAGACUCGCGCGUUUAACUAGUCCGUAACGCAGUAUAUCGACUUUAUGUCUGAUCGUAUGUGUAUGCGUGUGCGUGCGUGUGUGUAUGUGUGUGUACAUAUGUGUGGGUGCACAACGGUACGUGACAUUUACAGCUCGAAACUCGAUUGAAUUGUCCGAGAUCAGACUUAAGGAUCUUGUUCCUUCGUCGAUCGACGCUUGCCAAGUGUCGCGGCGAACAUGUAGAUUAACUGCGGCAUGCAUACAGGAUGCAUUAAAAGUCGGACACUUUUCUCACCAAUUUCUAAACAGCACAUACAGCGAGAAUCAGAACUGUGAAAAACACACAAGGGAAAUUAAUAGAAAAUAAAACAUUGAAUUUUGAAAUUUAAUUGAAAAUCGUGAAUUAAAGUUGUAAAACACAGAUUUGCUGUUAACAAAGUUUCGAGGUGUUAAAAUCUUUUUUUUUUGUCAAAAGCUAAUCAUGCGACUUUUGAGGCAUCCUCUGUGCAUUGUAAUACCCACGCAUUUCACUCCAUUUUUUUUCGUAUUUUACUUGAUCAUGGAUGUGUUAGAUAUAUUUUAU